UCUUCAGACCCUCCAAUUCUUAAAUGAAAAAUUCCGUACUUGACCCUUUCAGAUCUGUGUUUUGAAUGAAUACCUUUCUUUGCUUUGCUUCGCUUCCAUUCCCUUUCUACCCAUGCACCAUAAAUGGAGGCAGUUGAGAGUUGCAUUUUAUUAAACUCUUCAUGCUUCUUGUAACUCCCCCGCCCCCAACGUAACCCACUCCUUUCCCUUUCCCCAUUAUUAUCUCGCCUGUAAUUCCUCUCUGGAACCUUCAAUAUCGAUCGUCUCAUGGAUUGGCCCUUCUGCUCGAAGCUCCUCCUCGCAGCCUUUCUGCUUGCUGCUGCCGCCAUUCAUGGAGUCCGGGCAGAUGCCAUGGUCACUGGCACCGUCUUCUGUGACCAGUGCAAAGACGGCCGAAUCUCGCUCUUCGAUUACCCCCUCCAUGGGAUGAAAGUUGCGGUCACCUGCGCGGACAGUAAUGGGGAGUACACGGUGUGGAGAGAAGAGACGACGAAUUGGUUCGGGAACUACGCCAUGAGGUUCGAGGGGACGCCGGACUUGAGUGGUUGCUAUGCCCGGGUUUCCGGAGGCGGCGGCGGUUGUGGGGCGGUGGGCGGUCCGGCCAGGAGCCUGAGGCUCAUGUUCAGGAUGUUUGAUAUGGAAAUGUUCACUGUGGAUCCACUGCUUUCUGAGCCUGCUCAGCCUAUGUCCUUCUGCCCGGGUUCAUACAAGCCGGCUCCUCCGCCUCUAAUCACCCCCGCGCCGCCACCUCCCCUGGCCAACCCCUCCCCGUUACCACCACUUCCACCGGCUCCGCCACUGCCCCAGUUGCCUCCUAUGCCAUUCUUGGAAGCUUCUGCCUGUCCACACUGGAAUUGGACAAUGCCGGAGUACAGAUGCUACUGGAAGGUGGUCACCCCGGACAUGAAAGUGGCCGUGGUUUUUGGGCUGAUCGCGGCCCGGAGAUUCGGCACCGACAUGACCUUAUGGCAGGGCAUUCAAGGCAGAGGGGACCCUUACAGAACGCUGCUGAGGGAAGCCACAACUGCACUUCUCAACUCGUACAACAGCUUGCAAUUUGGAUACCAUCCCCUUGGAGUGAUCCAAGACAUGAACCUGGCGUUAAUGGGAUCGGUCCGGCGAGUUCUGUUCACCGCUCUGGGCUUCCGGCGGGCUAAUUCCGGCUAUGGCAGAGCCCCCUGCAGAUUCAACCCUUGCAAGUGAAGUGAUCGUGAACGGGCUGCUUUAAAAAUGGAUGUGUUAUUAAUGGUUCUGAUACAUUGAUGGCUCUGAAGGAUUCAGAUUAAGACUGCAAUUUAAUUCUAAUCCUGUUAAAAAUUAAAGAUGCCUUAGAAUUGUAUUUCCUAAAGAUUAUGUAGUCAAUUUAAACUUACAAGUACUGUUAUCCAAUUAUGACUCUAUAUCUAAAUUUAAACUUUCAAUUAAGUAUAUCUGAUCCCUUACAAAUAUGGAUAUA